AUGCUGCUGGCGAAAGCGCAGUUGCUGUUUGUGCUGGAGGCCUGUGCUGCUCACCUGCAGCAGCAGCAGCAGCAGCAGCAGCAGCAGCAGGAGCAGCAGCAGGAGCAGCAGGAGGAGCAGCAGCAGCAGGAGGAGGGGGGCUCGUCGGGGGGCCGCUGCUGCGAGUUCGCGGGGCAGCAGCUGCUGCUGCCGACAGCAGCAGAAGCGGAGAAGGAGUUCGGGGGCCCCCGGGGGCCCCUGCUGCUGCAGCGGCGGCUGCUGCUGCUGCUGCGGGGCGCAGCAGCAGAAGAGACAGUGGUGCUGUGCAGCCACGUGGUGUACGUACACCUGGAGGAGCCGCACCUGCUGCUGACUCUGUACUGCGAAGUGCUGCAGGCGCUGCCUGCUGCUGCUGCGCUGCAGCUGCUGCUGCUGACUGUUGCGGGGGCCCCCACUGCAGCAGCAGCAGCAACUUUUGUCUCAGUUUAUUUUUUCAAAAAUAAUAAACAAAACAGAUGUGCUCAAGUUUGGGACGGCGAGCACGUGGCCUACAGGUGUUUGACUUGCGGCGGCAGCCAGAGCAGCUGCAUCUGCGUCGCCUGCUUCCAGGCGGGGCAGCACGAAGGCCACAGCUACUUCAUCUACAGCCGCCACUGGACCCUCGCCAAGCUUCUUGCUGCUGAACUCAAGGCCAAGUUCACUCCCAGUGAAGCAGCAAGAAGAUGUCUUGGAAGAGCUUUUCUCGAAGAUGUCAUUGGCAACCCCCUGCCUCCUGCUGCUGCUGCUGCGCCCCCCGCUGCUGCUGCUGCUGCUGCUGCUGCUGCUGCGCCCGCUGGGUCCGCGGCGGCGCCCGCGGACGCGGCGCCGCCCGCAACCAGCGCAGCAGCAGCCGCCUCCGCAGCAGCAGCCCACCCCCCCGCAGCAGCAGCAGCAGCAGCAGCAGCAGCAGCAGCAGCAGCAGCAUUUGUGGACCCCUUCAGCGACCCCACACUGCCCCUGGAGACACGGCUGGCCCACAGCCCCUGCUACGCCCUUUACGAAGGGCUGUGGGACUUAACAGCAAAAGGGCUGACCAGCUCUGUGGCCCCGCUGCCGGAGUCCGUGCGUCUGCAGCACUACAGCCCCAGCAGCAGCAGCAGCAGCAGCAGCAGCAGCAGCAGCAGCAGCAGCAGCAGCGGCGGCGGCAGCAGCAGCGGCGACGGCGGCGGCGAGGGAGGGGAUGGCGCGGCGGCAGCCGCAGCGGGCGCAGCAGCAGCUGCUGCGGCGGAUGGCGGCGCAGCAGGGUCGACGGCAGCAGCAGCAGCAGCAGCAGGAGCAGCAGCAGCAGCAGCAGCAGCAGCAGCAGCACCGGGGAGCUUCGAAGACCCGCAGGACUGGGAGGGAGAAGAAGAAGGCCAAAUGAUUGCCUUUGGGUAUUUGCUGGGACUGCAAAACCCUGACACUCCUUUGGAAGUGAAGAACAAGUUUUGCUGCAGCAGCAGCUUCGUGCAGCAGCAGCAGGGCUUCCACGAGAUCGCGCCGGUGCUGCUGACGGACGAGGGGCUGCUGCAGCAGCCGUCUGCUGCGCGCCGCGCAGCAGCAGCAGCGGGCGCCGCAGCAGCAGCAGCAGCAGCAGCAGCGGGCGAGCCCGCCCUCCGCUUCCCGCCCUUCCCCCCCUCCCCCUCAGCAGCAGCAGCAGCAGCAGCAGCAGCAGCAGCGCGCGCGCCGCCUCCCCGCCCCCGCCCGCCCCCAGCAGCAGCAGCAGCAGCAGCAGCAGCAGCAGCAGCAGCGCCGGGCGUGUGCGCGUGCGCGCUGCUGCUGCGGGGGGCCCAGGGGGCCCCCAAGGAGGCCCACGGGGCCCUCACAACUCUGUGGCUAGCUCUGAUGUUUGAUGAAUGGUUUAAAGAAAGUUUUGCUGUUUUGUUUAUGCAGCAAUACGAGCAGUUGGUGUCAGUGGGGGACUCUGCGUUGGAGCGAGUGACUGUGCAGCUGCUGAGCAUUCGCGCGCUGCUGCAGCGGCUGCUGCAGCAGCAGCUGCUGCUGCCGCAGCUCUUCGCAUGCAGGCUGCUGCUGCAGCAAGCCGUGGCCUUCCAGGGCCUCCCCCCCUUUGCUGUUGACGUCAAACAUCCUCUUUUGAAGCAAAAGAAUUAUAUCAACUUCAUGGGAGACGCUCGCUACCUGCUUGCGGAAAAAGAACUCCUCUUCAACUGUCCGUCUCCUCCUGCUGCUGCUGCUGCUGCUGCUGCUGCUGCUGCUGCUGCUGCGGGGUGGCUGCUGCGGCGGGUGGCUGCUGCGGCGGGUGGCUGCCGUGGCGGGGUAGACUUCAGGGGCUUCAAGGAUGAGUGCAACCAGCAACAGGCCGGCGCUCUGCGCAGUUUGCAUCGAAGCAACCCCGCCGCCGCCGCUGCUGCUGCUGCUGCUGCUGCUGCUGCUGCUGCUGCUGCUGCUGCUGCUGCAGAUGUGUGCGCGCGGCCGCGGCACGUGGCGGAGCUGCUGGCGGAAGGCUUCCUGCCGCAGUACCUGCUGGCGGAAGGCAUGCAUGCGCAGCAGCGGCAGCAGCAGCAGCACAUAGAGUUUGAAGACGAAGCAGGAUGGACUGCAGCAGUAUGUUUGUGCAUCGAGCUGUCGCAGACUGCAGCAGCACUUGCGGACUUUGCUGCUGCUGCUCCCUACCGAGUUAGCUGCUGCAUGCUGCGGCAAACCGACAGAAGACUCCGCAUUUGGAUUGCCAAGCAGCAGCAAAAGGAAGCAGCAACUUUCCACGUCCUCUCAGCUGUACGUACACCCCACGGCCUCCACGCCGUCCUCGACCAGCUGCAGCAAAGACACAACUGCCCCACAGCCCCGCUCCGCGAAUUCCGUUUGCCUGGGGGCCGCCCGCGCGACUUUUUCUGCAGCAUGCAUUCUGUGUCUCUUUAUUUGCCGCUGCACCGGUUUUAUAUUUUGCUGCUGACUGCACUGAUAUCUCACCCAGAGAGGGGGGAGGCUUACCGUCGGCAGCUGCUGCUGCAGCAGCAGCUGCUGCAGCAGGUGCACCGGCAGCAGCGGCAGCAGCAGCAGCAGCGACAGCAGCAGCAGCGGCAGCAGGCGCGGCGGGACCCCGAGCGCCUGCGCUUCUUGGAGGAGCAGCACAGGGAGGAGCAGCGGCGGCUGCUGGCGCAGCAGCAGCAGCAGCUGCAGCAGCUGCUGCAGCAGCAGCAGCAGCAGCAGCAAAACACAGACCCCCUGCAGCUCGCACUCUAUGAGCAGCUGGGGCUGCGCCCCACAGAUUUGCUGCACAUUGUUUCGAGGCCCCUGCGGGCCCUCAUUUUGUACCACCAGACGGCCAACGGCACUUGGCGGCGAAACGGGGCAGAAUUGCCGCUGGACUUGUCAGUAGUAUUUGCUGCGGGUCGCACCAGCAGCAGCGCGGAGCCGCCGACGGACACUUUCACCUACAACAGCAGCAGCAGCAGCAGCAGCAGCAGCAGCAGCAGCAACUCCGGGAGCUGCGUGUUGGGUGAGUCCCCAACGGAGGUGUCGGAGUACAUCCAGCAGCACCUGCAGGGCUUCCUGCUGCUGCUGCUGCAGCUGCUGCAGCCGCGGAAUUCCCUCUUCCAGCCCGAAGGAGAAAUGCUGCGCCAUUUGCUGCGGCACCAACUCAUGAGGGGCCCCCAGCCCCACAGCGCGCUGCAGGACAUUAUUUGCUGGCCUUACAGGCAGCAGCAGCAGCAGACGCAGCUCGUUGACGAGGUCCUAGCUGAGAUAAGCAGCUACAGAGCAGCAAAAGACAUGGCCCCGGGGCAGUUCGUGCUGCUGCCGCAGCAGUGGCAGCACUAUGACCCGCACUGCAGCUUUUUUUCGUGGGCAGAGUAUGAGCAGCUGGAAGAAGAGUUUGCUGCUGCAGCAAAACAAAACAAGUUGCUGCUGCAGCAGUGGCUGCCUCCGGCUCCGCUGUCGCCUCCGCUGCCUCAGGUGUACAGACAGGGCUUCUUCAGGUUCGCCCUGAGCGCAGCAGUCCGCUCCGUGGUCUUUUUGCUGCUGCUGCAGCAGCUGCUGCUGCAGCAGCAGGACUCCAGGUACCUCUACCUCACUCUUUCGCUGCUGCUGCGCCUCAUGGCCCUCGAGGCCCAGGCGCAGCAGCAGCUGCCUCCCGAAGAGCUGCAGCGCCUGCAGCAGCAGCAGCAGCAGCAAGACGCCCUCGUCGCCUUCUUCCGCGCGAACCCACGCAUUGCCAGAAGCCUGGCAGCAGCAGCAGCAGCCCACCAGCAGCAGCAAGCAGCAGCAGCAGCAGCAGCAGGCGCUGCUGCUGGCGAGACCCCCUCCUCUCCCCCCGCCCAGACCCCCAC